CUGUUUUCUCCUCCGCCUCUCUUCCUUUCUUUUUCUUCACCCAAGAUACUUAGAUUUUCAUUAUCAGUUUUGGUUUCGAUUUCGGUUUCAGUUUCAAUUUCACAGAUCUGUUAUUGAUUUUCCCAAUAGAUACUCGUUUGAUUUUCUCAACUGAAAACCCUAGAUUCGUUUUUUCAUAUGUUUCUCUGAAUCAAUUCAGAAAACCCUAUUAAUAUCACUAGAUCUAGAAGAACAUUCAUUGACAGAGCUGUGAUUCAAAAAAAUCCUUGAUAUUCUUAAGUGUAUGCCUCGUAAGUUCUACCAUGGAGUACUAUUGGUGUUGAAAGCAACAAACAGUCAGAUUUGAGGUUGUUAAGAACACAAAUCAGGGGUAGAAACGCCUGCACAACAAUUUUUUGCAGUUCUAAGACAUGGGUUAGUAAGGAAAGAAAGUAUAACAAAGCUGGUACAGGGACUAUCUCUUUAGGGUUCACAUAUGAUUGAAGGGAGGAUUGAGCUUGGAAUGCUAGUGCUACACCUUCUCUAGGUGAUUGGGGGAAGAUUUAAUGUUGUUGCUAACCAGACUGCUGCUGGAAUCUUUAAAAGAAGCCGAGAAACCCUACAAUUCAGUAAAGGGUUGUAUCGUAUACAUAUUGUUUUGGUUUGCUGAAGUUACACACUCCAUCAGCAAAAAUGAAGGUGAACUAGGCAAAUGCAAACCUCGUUUUGCGAGAUGGAAUACUAGGAAGCUGGCUGAAAAGAUAAUGAACGACGGCAUGACCUCUCUGAAACAAGAUCUUACUGGAUCAUUCAUCGAUCCUUUUGAUGAAGAUGAACAGAGCCUGAUGACACCAAUUGAAAUACGUCAAACAACUUUAGAUAGGAUACUGGAGAAGAGGGUCAGGGAUGGAGAUAGAGAUGAAGAUUUGGACUUGUCUCCAGAUAGUGAUUUGGAUGGAGAGAGUGAUGAAGAUUGGGAGUUUUAUCUAGACAUAGAUUCAGAUGGAGAGGGUGAUGAAGCUUGGGAGUUGUCUCCAGACAGAAAUGCUUCUCGCCGUUUGGAGGAUCUGGCUCAUGUCUAUCUGUCCAAAAAGAGAAAGAUAAGUAGGAAAGAAUCACACCCUCCCGAUGGAAAAGGAAUUUGUAAUGCUGAAUCUGAAAAUCUUCCUUUGUCAGAACCUAUGAUGCCUUCCAUCCCCAUCCUCCCAACCCAGGAAUCCGGGGCAAGAGAGAAUGAGACUGACGUUCUCCAGACCACUGUGAAUGACUUGCAUGGAAAUGAUGUACACAUAGAGAGUUUUUUUGUCUUGUUCGGAAGCGCACACUACUGGAGUUGAAUCGCUUGAAGUGGGUGAGCUUGUUGAGGAACCCGUGGACGCUACAAUGAACAUAUCCUAUUCCAAAUGCCAAGCUCCUGAUUCCACCUUAUUAUUAACUUUGACUUCUGUAGAUGUGACUCCUUCCCCUGCAGGGUCUACAAGCACUUACGCUCAAGGGAGAGUGGAAGAAUUUGAAUUUGUGGACUACUUAAAGAUUCCAGAAGAGUACAAUACUUUGUAUAAGAAGAUUUAUGAUAAGUAUGGGCAUAUGGCGUCUAGAAAUGUCAUCAAGUUCAAUGAUGAUAUGUUACUCACAUGUGUUACCUGUUUAUUAAAGAUCAUCUCGGAUAUGGAAACUGUGCCUGGUGCAGAACUGAGUGAAGAUUUUCUGCAGAGAUGGGAAGGAUUCAUCAAAGAUGCCAGCUGGAGAACCAAGUGUUCUACCACACAUACCAGGUAUGUUUGCUGCAGAAUCAAGUGUCCAUGAUCUUUGUACUACAAAGAACUUGUACUCCCUUAGGACAUAGGAAUGAACUUGAUAUAAGUGAGAAUGAACUGAACUUAGAAAGUUUCUACAUAUUCCCUUAGAAUUUUUUUGGUACUUCAAGAAUUUGUUUUCCUUUUUGAUAAGUAUUGAAUGAGUAUCGAUAUGAAUGUUUA